GAUCACGCGUAGCUUGGAGAUGGAUGGUCUCCACGGAGACGACGAGGCGCACACGUUCCCUCCCUUCCCCUACUUCUCGGCGCCGUCGACACCGCCGCCACUCGCGUCACCGCUGGCCUCGUCGUCGGACGGUCAGCACAGCCCGCUCGCCGCAGCGCUCCAGCAGCUGACCCCGCCCCCGUGGCCAUGUACUCCUCCUGAUCUGACCCUUCAGCCGGCGAUGGGGGACGUGAACUGGUCGUCCCUGUUCCAGACGGGGCCGGUGGCUCUGCCGGAGCAGGAGGAGGAGGCCGUGCAGGCGGAUCAGAGCGGGGAGAACGACGGCGAGGCGGGUGGGAGCGGAAGUGGUAACAAGGAGAAAGCGAAGGGAAGCGCCGGGAGAUCGGAGAAGAAGAAGGCGAGCAAGCCGCGGUUCGCGUUCCAGACGAGGAGCGAGAACGAUAUCCUGGACGACGGCUACCGCUGGAGGAAGUACGGGCAGAAGGCCGUCAAGAACAGCUCCAACCCUAGGAGCUACUACCGGUGCACCCAUCCCACAUGCAACGUGAAGAAGCAGGUGCAGCGCCUGGCCAAGGACACGGCCAUCGUGGUGACCACGUACGAGGGUGUGCACAACCACCCCUGCGAGAAGCUCAUGGAGGCGCUCGGCCCCAUCCUGAAGCAGCUCCAGUUCCUCUCCCAAUUCUAACCAUCCACAUCCGGCCAGCAAGCUUCCAUAAUAACCUGGUCAAGCCACAAAAAUACAUGUAUAAUACGUAUGUACCAGUUGCUGCCAACUUGUAGCCUUGUAGGGGGGGGAGUAAAGGAGAAAAAAAAAGUGCCUACUUCCUCAAUUCAGUGCGUACUACAACUGUAUGUAUGCAUGAUGUUUUUAUCUUAUCACUCUGUCUGUUACAUUCUUCAUAAUGAUACAUUCAAA